AUGAGGUCGAACAAAGGGAUUAUAUUGAAUCAGCAAAAAUAUGCUUUGGAGCUGAUAGCUGAUUUGGGAUUAGGGGAAGCAAAGUCAGUAUGUACACCGCUUGAGCAGAAUCAAAAGCUCACAUCAAUUGAAUAUGAUGAGUCGGUACAAACAAAGGUUGAUGGAGAUAAUUUAAUCGCGGAUGUUACAAUGUAUCAAAGGCUGUUGGGAAGAUUGCUAUAUUUGACAAAUACACGACCAGAGAUAAUGUUUGUGGUUCAACCUUUGAGUCAGUUUAUGGACAGACUAAAAAAAUCACAUUUGGAAGUUGAUUUUCGGGUGGUACGGUACAUAAGGAAAAAUCCUGGUCAAGGCAUUUUACUAUCUGCAGCAAGCAAAUCACAAUUGAUUGCUUUUUGUGAUUCUGAUUGGGCUUCAUGUGUCAUGUCUAGGAAGUCGGUGACUGGUUUCUGUGUUAAAAUUGGAGAAUCCCUUGUUUCAUGCAAGUAA